AUGGCCGGCGCUCGUGAAGUUUCUGGUGAAGUAGCAGCAACAAAUCAACCAACAGUGGCUGCUUCUCUUGCUGUUGUUAAUUCUGAUCGCCGUUCCGUCGUCACCAAUUUCGUGUCUGGAAACAGCACUGAUCGUUCAAGGUCGCAACUGAACAUGCAACAUAUCGUUCAUAUGUUUCCUUCUCUGAGGCUGAAUCCCAUGGCUGAAGAAUUCGUUCCUUCUCAAACUCUCAUUGAUCAGAACCAGAUGGCCCUCGAUUACAGCGGCCGUGCACCACCUGUUCAUCAGAAUUCUCCUGGGCAUCCGCAUCGGAUUGAUGCAAACACCUAUGACCGCGGCAACUAUAGGAAUGUCUAUAGCCAAGACAGAAGAAGGUUGACCGAAGCAUUGAGAUCAUUCAGUGAUCUAAGAGAAGAUCGAUAUCGUACUCAAAGGACUGUGUUUAUUUCAGAAGUUGAUCAUAAGGUCAGUGAAGAGCGUCUUGCUGACCUAUUCAGCAUCCUUGGACAAGUUCUGGACUGUCGGGUUUGUGGUGAUCCAUUUUCGAAUCCGCGUUUUGCGUUUGUUGAGUUUUCAGACGAGAGCUCUGCACGGGCAGCUCUCAGCCUGUCUGGGAUAAAGGUGGGAUCCUCUAAAAUAAGGGUUAUGCCUUCCAAAACUGCCAUCCAUCCAGUCGAUCCAGCCCUCCUACCCCAGUCAGAAGAGGAGAGGGAGAAGUGUGCAAGGACAAUCUGCUGUACAAAUAUAGACAAGCAGGUUACUCAAGCUGGUCUGAAGUCUUUCUUUGAAGCUAAAUGCGGUGAGGUUUCUCGCAUGAGGCUUUUGGGGGAUAAAGUUCAUUCAACGCGCAUCGCUUUUGUUGAGUUUGUGAUGGCAGAGAGUGCAGUUAUGGCUCUAGAUUGCUGUGGCAUGAGGUUGGGAAGGCAACAAAUCAGGGUGAAUCCUUCCAAGACUCCGGUGAGGGCUCGAGUUGGUCGUGCAUUCCGAACCAACUGA